AUGAUAUUGAUAAUAUUGUUGUUUGGGAUGGUUGUAUGUUUGGACCCGGUGGAUAUAGACUUACUGCAGCCUUUGAAUAUCCCGGGAAUAAGAACCCAGCAAGUAACAUUUUACGGUGUAGAAUACCUUAUAAUAGAUCCGGAUCCUGAGCAUUUUAUUAACACUGUCCGGUACGGCAACAAUUUAAUGUUCCAGAAGAAUGAGAAUAACAGCUGUUUGAAGAUAGUCAGGGUGAAUAACGGGGUUCACAGUUUUUUGUAUCUCCGUGUAAUCACACCGGCGAAUCAGGAUAUUCAACUGAGAUUUUUCCUGCAAGACGGACCACCAGUACUUGGUAGAAUGUCACCCACGGUCACAACUGUCAACACAGUCAUGAGAUACGCCGCCAACCUGCAUCCCUCACUCAAUCCCAGAGGCUUUAACAUCUUCGAUAAUCCUCUACCACUAGACGAAGAUGAAGGCGAUAGCGAUGAUGAUGAUAGUGACGGGGAUGAAGGUGAUGAGGGAGAUGAGGGACCAGAGGGAGGAGAAGGAGACGAUGGAGAUGAGGGACCAGAGGGAGGAGAUGGAGCAGUGGAUGAGGGAAUUGAUCACGAUUUUGACCAGGACAUCGAUGACGCGGUGAGUGGAAUCUUGGGAGUAGGAGAUUUACCAAAUGUACAAGCAGCACUGGGAGUGGAUCAGGAAGGAAUACAAGGAAUGAUCGGAGGAUUAAAUCAAUUCAUACCAAAUCUACCUGAAAUUCCAGAACAAGAUGAACCAGAACAAGAUGAAACACACCAAGAACCCGUACCCAUUCCCGAGGAACCUGUAGAACCUGUCGAAUCAGAACCUGUGGAAGAACCUGUAGAAGAGAGUGAAUCAGAAUACCCGGUGCCGGAUGAGUCUGAAGCCCCGAUAACGCAGCCUGGAACUCCGGUAACUCAAUUCUUAUAUGCUGAUGAGAUCCUUGGUCCAAUCUCAGACAGUGAAACUGAAGACUUAUUUGAGCAAGAACACUUGGAGCCAGGAACUGAAACUCCCGUAAGUCAAUUUGACCCAUUGGAACUACACGACUUGGGAAUUGAAACUAUGGAACAAUACCAAGGGGGAUUUACUGUAGAUUAUGAACCUGUCCAAUCUACCGGGGAAACCCCCGGAGACACACAAACUUUAGAUCAAAUAAUCACACAGUUGGUAGAGUUACAGCAAAAGUAUAAUGAACAGUUCAAUAAAGUUGUGGAAUCUGCACAGUCUGAAGAUGUAAUUCCAGUUGUUCAGGGCGAAACUACGCCAAAGGAAAGUGGGCAAAAAGGGGCCGAAGUGGUGGAAGUUGAACUGGAAUCAGAAGUGGAAUCCGAAGGACAUUACGACAUUUACGAUGAAGACAAAACUGAUACCGAAGGAGAGCAAGAACCUAUGGAAGAAAAUUAA